AUGAAUGAAGAAAAUAGAAGUGGAGCUGGGCCUAGCGUUCAAAUUAGUCCUGAAAUGAUGUUGGUUUUGGAGGAAUUGAGGAACAUGUUGAAGACUAUUAGGGGAGAUCAAGAAAAUACGAAUACAAUUAAGGUAAACACUGAUCGUGUGGAGGAACAAGAUCGUAUAAAUAAUCCGGAGCGAGAAGGUGAGAAUAAACGAAGGUGUACUUACAAGACCUUUAAGGAUGCUGAUCCCCCGAUAUUUAAAGGAGAUUUCGAUUCUCAUGUUGCGAAUACAUGGAUUAAGGAAAUGGAGAAAGUGAUAGAAAUUUCUGAAUGCUUGGAUGAACAAAAGGUGAAAUUCGCAACACACUCUUUAAGGGGGGAAGCAGUAUUUUGGUGGGACACUGUUAAACAGACGGAAGAUUGUUCAACAAUGACUUGGAUGAGGUUUAAGGAGUUGUUCUUUGAUAAAUAUUUUCCAGCGUGUAUGAAAAAUGAGAUGGAGAUGAAGUUUUUAGGAAUAAAGCAAGAAGGAAUGUCUGUGUCAGAAUAUUUGUCGAAGUUUUUGGAGCUUUCUAGGUUUGCCCCUCAUCAGGUUAAUACUGAAGCUAGGAAAUGUCAGAGAUUUCAGGAGGGACUGAAACCUCAAAUUAGAGAAAGGGUCUCUUUGUUGGAACUAGAGCAAUUUGAUAAGUUGGUGGGAAAAGCUAGGAUUGCCGAAAGGGAGUAUGAAGCUCGCACCCAAUUCUUCAACAGUAAGAAAAGAGGAAGAGAAAUAGAUCUGCGUGAUAAUUCAGGAUAUAAGAAGGAUGAUAAGAAGUUUCAAAAGACAAAGAAAGAGAGUUUCCGGGGAAAUGAUAGGAAGACCACUAUAUCGGAGUGUAGGAAGUGUGGACUGAAGCAUGGUGGUGACAUUUGUUACCGAGCAGAUGGGUUGUGCUAUAAUUGUGGAGAAAGGGGGCAUAUAGCGACUCAAUGCCCAAAGCCGAAAGUGAUUUCCUGCUAUAGCUGCGAAAAACCAGGACAUGUAUCGAGGGACUGCCCACAAAAAGGAGUCAAGCAAGAAGUUGAAACUAAAGGAAAUAGGACUUCUACAACAGGACCUUUUCAGCAAUCAGCACCUAGGGCAGUGGCAAGAACCUACGCAAUGACAACUCAGGAUGCUGAAAAAUCUCAUGAUGUUGUGUCAGGUACGCUUCAACUUUGUUCUCAAGAUGUGCAUGUUCUGUUUGAUUCUGGAUCAACUCAUUCUUUUGUGGAUUUGAAGAAUGUGGAUAAGUUGAAUACUACUGCGCAAAGUUUAGAUAAUUCACUACUAGUAAAACUCCCUAAUGGUAGGAAUUUGUUUGUGAACAAAGUUUAUAAGGAUUGCCCCCUUGUAAUUAGCGGACAUACUUUUCUAGUAGACUUGUUACCUUUAGACUUAAGGGAUUUUAGAGUGAUUUUGGGAAUGGAUUGGUUGACGAAGUAUAAAGCCAAUUUGGAUUGUAGUAAAAAGCGAAUAUGUUUAAGGAGGCUAGAUAAAAAGAAGGUUUAUUUUAAAGGAGACAGGUCAGAAAAACCUAGUGUCAUGAUAUCAGUUCUGAAAGCUUAUAAGAUGUUAAGAAAAGGAUGUGAAGGGUUUCUAGCUUAUGUGAUUGGUGAGGAGGAAGUUAAAAAUAAAGUUGAGAAUACCCAUGUGGUUAGAGAGUUUCUAGAUGUUUUUCCCGAGGAUUUGCCAGGAUUGCCACCCGAAAGAGAGGUUGAGUUUAGUAUUGAAUUGGUUCCGGAGGCGCAACCAGUAUCGAAAGCACCAUAUAGAAUGGCACCAACCGAGUUGGCAGAACUUAAGGUACAGUUACAAGAAUUGUUGGAUAAAAAGUAUAUUAGACCAAGUGUUUCUUCUUGGGGAGCACCGGUGUUGUUUGUGAAAAAGAAGGAUGGUUCUCUCAAUUAUGUAUUGAUUAUAGAGAACUGA